UAGCGUCCGGUCUCUGUGCGUGAUACUUACACGGAAAGAACCAUGAUGUUAUCAAACAUCAAAAUCGAAUGGCGAAAUAAUGUUAAAUGUAUUAUUUUUUGUUUUUGGUUCCCAUGCCAAAACGUGCGUGAUGAAAUUCGUGACAAUUAUCUCUCCCACCUGCUUGUAUAUCCGUUGUGGUUAGAUUUGAUUCGCACAGUUAUUAAUGAUAUUAUUCACUAUCACUUCCGUUUGGUCAAUGUGACCUAUGAUCAGAACUUUAUUAUUAUCCACCAAACGAAGUAAAUAUUGUUUAAGUAGCUUACCAAAAUAAGACUUAGUAGCAAAAAUGGAAGGAAAAACACUCAACCAGGAAACCAUUGCUAAACACGGUCCAGCUGAUGAACAAAUUACUAAUAUAAAAUCAAAACGCCAAUAUGAUAUAAUCGUUUUUGGUGCUUCAGGAUUCACUGGACAAUUUGUAGUUAUGGAAAUGGGUCGCUUUUCUCAAAUAUACAAUUUGACUUGGGCUAUUGCUGGGCGUAAUACUGAUAAAUUACAAGAUGUAUUAAAUAAAUUGUAUAAAACUGUUGAUGGUUAUGAAGAUAAAAAAAUUGAUAUUAUUUAUGCCGAUGUACAAGAUAUUAAUACUGUAAUGAGAAUGGCUCAAACAACCUCUGUGGUUAUAAAUUGUACUGGACCGUACUAUAUCUAUGGAGAAGUUGUAGUCAAAUCUUGUGUUUUGACAUCUACUCAUUAUGUAGAUGUAACUGGAGAAUCAUUAUUUAUGGAGAAAAUGGCAUAUAUUUAUAAUGGACAAGCUGAAGAAAACAAUUCAAUAAUUGUUAGUGCUCUUGGUAUGGAAAGUGUACCUGCUGACCUUGGUGUAGAAUUUUUAUACAAAAAUUUUAGUGGUGAAUUAAAGAAUGUUGACAUGUACAUGAAACUUUAUAGCAGUUCAUUUGUAUUAACUAAUAGUGCAAUGAUACAUGAUGGUACUUGGAAAAGUGCUAUAUUACACAUGGCUACUUAUAAACAACGAAAAUACUACCGAAAUCUUUUAGAUGAGUUAAUGGGAAUAACUAGAGUAAAACCAAAUGUUUCCAAGAUAUUGCAUAGACGGCAAAUCAAUAUGAAAGCUGACAAGGAAGAAUGGUGUUUAGCUUUUCCAGAACCAGAUCAAGCUGUUAUUGCUAGAUCAGUACAUCAUGCCAAAACUAAAGAUAAUUUACCGUAUAAUUUUAAUGUUCGAAAUUAUAUGGUUUUUGGUGGUUUAAUAUCAGCUAUUAUUGGUUUAUUCGUAUUUGUACUGCUGUCAAUCAUGACCUCGUUUAACCCUAUUAAAACUCUCCUUGUUCGGUAUCCAAAAUGGUGUUCAUUUGGAAUUGCGACAGAAACAGGCCCAAAUGAAAAACUCUUAGAAAAUUCACGCAUGUCAUUAACUUUGAUUGGUCAUGGAACAACAUCUGAAAAGCCUCCUACUGCAAAUCUUAAGGAUAUAACCCAUAAAGAUAAUACUUAUAAAAGACAAACUAUUAUUAAGGUCAAAGCUAAAAACCCAGGUUAUGGAUUCACUAGUAAAGCUGUUAUCUUAGGAGCAAUUACUAUAAUAAAAGAUCAAAUUAAUAUUCCCAAAGGGGGUGUUUUAACACCGGCUUCUGCAUUCCGAAAUACACUAUUUGUGAAACGUUUAAUGGAUCAUGAUGCAGCAGUUUUUGAAAUUGAGUCUGAUUUAGUUACUUACUAAGAACAAUAAUAAUUGUUUUAAAUAUAUUCUUACCUCUUUAGCUUUAGCUCUUUAGUUUUUGAUAAUAUUCAAUAUAUUUUCUAUUAUUUCAGGAUGUUAUAAUUUAUUUUUUUCUGUUUUAGUUGUGUAAUUGUGUUACCUUUUGGUCUUAUGUAAUUUUGUUUAAUUAAAAUAAAAACUUUUAACGGAUCUAA